AUGGCGUCCCAGGCCGAUAAGUCCUUCAUGGGCAUGCCCGGCUUCGUUGUCGACUUCCUGAUGGGUGGUGUUUCCGCCGCUGUCUCCAAGACCGCUGCUGCCCCCAUCGAGCGUGUCAAGCUCCUGAUCCAGAACCAGGAUGAGAUGCUCAAGCAGGGUCGUCUUGACCGCAAGUACAACGGUAUCGUUGACUGCUUCAAGCGCACCUCCGCUCAGGAGGGUGUCGUCUCUCUCUGGCGUGGUAACACCGCCAACGUCAUUCGUUACUUCCCCACCCAGGCUCUUAACUUUGCCUUCCGUGACACCUACAAGUCCAUGUUCGCCUACAAGAAGGAGCGUGAUGGCUACGCCAAGUGGAUGAUGGGUAACCUUGCCUCCGGUGGUGCUGCCGGUGCCACUUCCCUCCUCUUCGUCUACUCCCUGGACUACGCCCGUACCCGUCUGGCCAACGACGCCAAGUCCGCCAAGGGUGGCGGUGACCGUCAGUUCAACGGUCUCGUUGACGUCUACCGCAAGACCCUCGCCUCCGACGGUAUUGCCGGUCUCUACCGUGGUUUCGGUCCCUCCGUUCUCGGAAUUGUCGUCUACCGUGGUCUGUACUUCGGUCUGUACGACUCCAUCAAGCCCGUUCUCCUGGUUGGUCCUCUUGAGGGCUCUUUCCUCGCUUCCUUCCUGCUCGGCUGGACUGUUACCACUGCUGCUGGUGUUGCUUCCUACCCUCUGGACACUGUCCGUCGUCGCAUGAUGAUGACCUCCGGUGAGGCCGUCAAGUACAAGUCCUCCAUGCACGCUGCCCGCCAGAUCGUCGCUGAGGAGGGUGUCAAGUCUCUCUUCAAGGGUGCCGGUGCUAACAUCCUCCGUGGUGUUGCCGGUGCUGGUGUCCUGUCCAUCUAUGACCAGGUCCAGCUCAUCCUCUUCGGCAAGAAGUUCAAAUAG